AUGCGUGCGAAAUUGCAUAUGGUGCUGGAAGCGACCAAAGAUCUCCGCUAUCAUUUCGCUAUGAUGUGUUAUAAUUCUGAGUUUGAGAAAUUGAAGCCAGAGUUCCUGGAGAAACUGCCUGAGAAAUUGAGGGACUUUGAGAAGUACCUAGGAGAAAAACAGUGGUUGACUGGAGACAAGAUUAACUACCCGGAUUUCUACUUCUGUGAAUUAUUGAACCAACUGGUUAAAUUCGAACACUCGUGCCUCGACAAGCACCCGAAGCUGAAGGCCUACCUUUGCCGCUUUGAGAAUUUGCCGAACCUCAAGGACUACAUGGCCUCGGAUGAGUUCAGGUCGCGUCCUUGCACGUUACCAAGAGCCAUGUGGCGCGGAGACUGCUGA